GUUUAUAUAUUUGUCUAAGUCCUCUCAACUUUCGGGCUGAUUUUCGGGUUUGGAUGGGUUUACCAUAAAGACUGGUUGACUAAACCCAGCCUGACUAACUCCGGCUCGGGCUACUCGAGCCUGUUUUCUAGUUGAUCCGAGUCCGAUCCGUUCCUCUUAUUUGAUUCUACUGGAAGGUGUUCGAUUAAUUGUCUCUGAGAAGAAAAGUUAGCAAUUUGCUAGCUGUGAUUCUUGUGGAGAAAACCAAUUUCGUUUUUGAGUUUGGUUGCAUUGUAUAGAUGCCGAUUAAACCUCCUCAUCCUCGCAUACUGUUGAACAACGUGUCCUGCAUGCGAAAUGCCCAGGCAGUGCUUCGCAACAUCAAUGUCUCAGUGCAUGAUGGCUCUGCUCUUGUUUUGACUGGCGCCAAUGGCUCUGGAAAGACCACAUUCCUGCGUAUGCUUGCAGGCUUCUCCCGGCCUUCGGCCGGUGAAAUACUCUGGAAUGGCCAUGACAUCACUUCUGCUGGAGUUUUCCAGCAGUACAGGCUUCAACUGAAUUGGCUUUCAUUGAAAGAUGCUAUAAAAGAUAAGCUUACAGUCUUGGACAAUGUCCAGUUUUUUGAAGUUCUUGAAGGGAAAAGCGGGAAAGCCAAGGGAGCUCUUGAACUCAUGGGACUUGGUAGGCUUGUGAAUGAGAAAGCUAGAAUGCUUUCUAUGGGUCAAAGGAAAAGGCUUCAGUUGGCUAGAUUGCUGGCUAUUGACAGGCCAAUAUGGUUGCUUGAUGAGCCUUCUGUUGCUCUGGAUGAUGAGGGGGUUCAGUUGUUAGAGUAUAUAAUUGCAGAACAUAGGAAACAAGGAGGGAUUGUGUUCGUGGCCACGCAUUUGCCCAUUCAUAUUGAAGAUGCAAUGUCACUUCGGCUCCCGCAGAGGUUUCCAAGAAGGAAGACCAUGGUUGAUCUGCUCGACUGAUCAUAUAGACAUCCUUGGAUCCUGCUCACUUUGAAUCCUAAUUGUUCUUGGUUUGUUGAACUAGUAAUGCAUAACAUUCAAAAGUGUAUUAAAAGUCAUGUAGCACAGAGCACAAUCUUACCUGUGAAUUGGAGUCUGAAUGUUAUCUUCUGUCAGAACUCUUUGUCUAGAAUUUAAUUGGGACUGCUAGUGGCUCAUAUCCACAACUUCAAGUUUCCCGCCCUCUCUUUUUCAAAGGACCUCAACCAGAUGUUCCUUCUCGUGAAGAACUGCUCCUGAGGGCUUGAGAGCGAAGUUGGACGAUUCUAUUUCCUCGAUCAGGCGCAGCUUAUAGUUCUCUAGACCUCGUCCUGGUGGGGUGGAGGAGGAGUCCGCGAUUGAGGUGGCUCAGGGUUUUAGUCGGGAGUAGUUGUUGUUGGCUUGGGUCAGGAGAAGACCCUUUGUUCCUCUUUUAGUUUGUAUUUUGUUUCCACAGCUAGUGGAAAUGUUGUUGUAUCUUUUGAUGUUUUUUUAAUGCAUGUGGUUUAUCCACUUUAUCAAAAA